AUGCCGGCACGACCACCACCCCAAACCCUUAGCCUGAGCAUCACUAACCCCCUGAUCCUCUACCGGGCAUUACUCGCAACUCACAAGAUCAAGCCCGACCCCGCCCAACAUCGUCUGGCUCUCCACCUCCAAAAGCUCUACUUCCGCCUCAAGGACUACGCCCCAGAAGUCGAGUAUCGGUACCGGCUGGAGAAAAUCAGCCGCCACCUACCCAGGCGGCGAGAUUCUAGUCCUCGCCAUGCCAGUGAGUCCGACCCAGAGUCACUGUCAACCGGGGCGGAGAGGACCAAGAAGAGCAAGAGCGCCCUCUCGGCCCUCCUCUCGUUCACCUCCCCCGCCUUCCUCACCGCCGACACGCUGGCACUGACGCGCACGACUCCGCUUCAUGACUCGGCCGUUUCUAUCACUUCGCCCAGAGGCCUGCUCUUAUACGGCGAAGUGGGCCGCGGCAAGUCCAUGCUGCUGGACAUGCUGUACGAUUCGUUACCCUCGCGCAAGAAACGCCGCUGGCACUACAACACGUUUAUGCUGGAUAUUUUUCGCCGGAUCGAGCUGGCCAGGCUAGAUGGGCUGGAAGGGGUAAUGUACUCGCGAAGAAGUCUCUUCGGGAGUAACAGUGCACACGAGCACGUCGUCCUCAGGCUAGCAAAGGACACGAUUGCCGAGUCGCCGAUCUUGUUCCUUGACGAGUUUCAAAUGCCCGACAGGGUGGCCGCGAAGUUGAUCAAUGGGUUCUUUACGGCAUUUUUCCACCUCGGUGGCGUGUUGGUUGCCAGCUCGAAUCGUAUGCCCGAGGAGUUGAGCAAAGCCGCGGGGGUGGAGUUUGGGGCUGGAAAUUCUGGGCAUAGGGGUGGUGUCGGUGGCUUCUUCGGCCUUGGAUGGGGAUUGAGUCGGGAGAGUGAGGGACAGAAGGCGGCCAAGACGGAUUUUGGGUUGUUUCUCGAUGUCCUCAGGGCGAGGUGUGAGGUCUGGGAAAUGGAGGGGGAGCGGGACUGGAGGAGGGAGCGCGAUGAUCGAGCGGCGGAGGUGGUGAAUGGACUUGACCAAGGACAAGAACCAAAACAGGAGCACCACGACGAACAGUUUGAAGCAGCGCUUGAAACAGAGACACAGAGCACAGCCAGGACCUUCACCACCACCGUCACGACAGUCGUCUCGUCGACGACUCCCUUAUCGGCCGACUCGCCGGCACAUUACCACGUCAAUAUCACCGGCUCCCCCGUCGAUGUAUCGUUCGAAAACGACCUCCGCGUCCUCAACCCCUCAGGGGCAUGGCAUCCGACGAGCCUCACAGUCUACGCACGCGCCCUCCACAUGCGGACCACGCACAACCGCAUCCUGAAGUCAUCCUUCCGCGACCUCUGCGCCGUCUACCUCGGCCCCGCAGACUAUGUGACCCUGUGCUCGAUAUUCCACACGCUCAUCCUGACAGACGUCCCGGUCCUGACGUCCGCGCACAAGAACGAGGCCCGCAGAUUCAUUACUCUGCUUGACGCGCUCUACGAGGCGCGGUGCCGACUCGUCAUCCAGGCCGACGCUCCGCCUGACAAACUCUUCUUCCCCGACGCACGGUUGAGAUCGGGCACGACGGAUAGCACAAACGUGGCGCAGAAUUUUCUUGAUGAACGUGACUCCGAAUCUGAACCCGACGACUCCAUCACGUCCGAGGCCUUCUCCGAGAUCUACCAGGAUAGCACGGCCCCCUUCCGGCCCAACAUCACGACAUACACGGAGGGGAAUACCCGCAGUUCGAUACCCUUGAGCUUCACGCCCUCGUUGGCGAACCCGAGUGUGCGGACCGUGUUGGCGGACGAGGACGCCGACUUCGGCCCCACGUACGGGAACGGGCGAGGGCACGGAAUUUCGGAUUCCUCAUCCUUCACUGCCGCGCGGGGCGGCCCAGAUUUUACAAGCACGUCCGCGCUGACGGGCGAGGAUGAACGGUUCGCGUACAAACGCGCGAGAUCGAGACUGUGGGAGAUGUGCGGUCGGAGGUGGUGGGAUGAGCGUGCGGCCACCCUUGGCGAUGUUGGACGGUUACAGUCAGAAGGGGAAGCUGAAGCAGGGGAAGCGGACGUGGAAGAAGUGCCAGAGUGGUGGCGGCCCGUCCAUCGCGAGGGGCGGUUCUGGGAAAGGCGGGCAGAUGAUGCUGAUACCGGUGCUGAAGCUGAAGCUCAUGCUGAACCUGAACCUGAUCGCGCGGGCAUGGAUCCAAGGAGCGACUCCAUGUUCAGACACGAUGCCUCGCCGUUUCGGACGAGUGCUGACCCGCCGCCAAAGUUCGGGUGGCAGCAUGCUUGGGGGAUGAUGCAAUGGGGCAAGAAAGCGGGUGAGUGGGGGAAGGGCGUCGAGGGUCUCCACAGAGAUCGAGGGAAGGGGAAGGAGCCAUCUGGGGACGACACUUCUGCUCCUGCUCCCGCUGCGAGGGGAGGAAAAGAGUAA